AUGGAUUCGGAAUAUCCUGAAGGGUUAGAAACAUAUUCAAUUUGUCAAGAAAUUGUAAAUUCAAUUUUACAAUUUGAUACUAAGAAGGCAUGUAUUCUUGUAAAUAAUGGUCGUUCUGGUUUGGUGUCAUAUUUCAAAGAAACAGCACUACUGGAACUUUUUAAACAAUAUCUGUUGAUUGUCUUUGUCCUAGGCUUUGUAAAUAAGGUAUUCCAAUAUAUUAAAUGGUAUGGACUAUUUGGUUCAAUAAGGAGACUAUAUAGGUGUGUGGCUAAAAAAAUAUUUGUUUUGUUAUUAAAUUCACCAUUUUUAAGGAAGACAGUCGAAAAAGAGGUAAAAACUGCCACUGACACAAUUGAAAAAGAUUUGAUUAAAAAUUCAGAUUCUUUAAUUGAUUUUGAAGAAUUGCCGAAACAUGGUUUAUCAAACAAGGAGGUUUUAAAUGAACUUGAUAAGUUGCAAAACUGUCUACCAUACUCUCACUGGGAAGAUGGUAGAGUUUCUGGUGCAGUCUACCACGGUGGUGAUGAAUUAAUUAAAUUGCAAAGCCAAGCCUUCGAAAUGUAUGCCGUUGCAAACCAAUUACAUCCAGAUGUGUUUCCAGGUGUGCGUAAAAUGGAAUCGGAAGUUGUUUCUAUGACAUUAAAGCUAUUCAAUGCUCCUGAAAAUACUGGUUGCGGUACAACGACAUCUGGUGGUACUGAAUCUUUACUAAUGGCUUGUUUAAGUGCAAAAUGGUAUGGGUAUCAUCAUAAAGGAAUUAAAAAUCCGGAAAUGAUUGUUCCUGUAACUGCUCAUGCUGGGUUUGAUAAGGCUUCGUAUUAUUUUGGGAUUAAAAUGCACCACGUUGAAGUUGAUCCUGUCACUUAUAAAGUGGAUUUGAAGAAGGUAGAAUCAUUUAUUAAUAGGAACACUGUCUUAUUAGUUGGUUCAGCUCCAAACUUUCCACAUGGUAUAAUUGAUGACAUCGAAGGUCUUGGUAAAAUUGCUAAAACUCACAAUAUUCCAUUACAUGUCGAUUGUUGUCUAGGAUCAUUCAUCGUAGCAUACAUGAAAAAAGCCGGGUUUACUGAUAUUCCAUUAUUUGAUUUUCAAGUACCAGGAGUGACCUCGAUUUCUUGUGAUACUCACAAGUACGGUUUUGCUCCAAAAGGUUCUUCUAUUAUUAUGUAUCGUAACGCAGAUUUGAGAAAACAACAAUAUUUUGUUACUUCAGACUGGGUGGGUGGUUUGUAUGGUUCACCAACUUUGGCCGGUUCAAGACCUGGUGCCUUAGUUGUUGGAUGUUGGGCCACUAUGGUUCAUCUUGGUGAAGAUGGUUACAUUAGCUCAUGUAAAGAAAUCAUCGGAGCUGCUAAAGUAUUGAGAAACUAUAUUGAGGAAAAUAUACCACAAUUGACUAUUAUUGGUGAUCCUAAAUUAUCGGUCAUCUCAUUUAAAUCAGAUGUUAUUAAUGUCUACGAUCUGGCUGAUAAACUGUCUGCCAAAGGAUGGCAUUUAAGCAGUUUACAAAAUCCUGCUGCUUUACAUUUUGCCAUUACAAAAUUAAGUGUUCCUAGUGUCGAUCUGUUAGCUACGACAUUGAAAGAAUUAGUUGCUGAAGAGCUACACAAUUCAACCGGUAUCUCUUCGACAGUCGGCACUAGUGCUAUUUAUGGUGUAGCUGGUAGUGUCAAGACAACCGGUAUAUCAGACAAGUUAAUUGUCAGUUUUCUUGAUACAUUGUAUAAAGUAAAGCCUACUGACUAA